GCGGGAGGCGCUGAUUGGGCAGCCAGGAGUGGGCGGCAAAGAUGGCGGCUGCGGCGGUGCUGCUCGGGCUGCUGGCGGCGGUGCUGGGCGCUACAGGCGAGCCGUGCCCCCAGCCCACCAUCGUCCCCUCCUAUUACACCACCUCGGACGCCGUCAUCUCCUCCGAAAGCGUCUUCGUGGUGGAGAUCUCCUUGGUCUGCAAGAAUGGGGCUCAGAAUGUGGCUCUUUAUGCCGACGUCAACGGGAAGCAAUUCCCUGUGACCCGGGGGCAGGAUGUGGGGAGAUACCAGGUCUCCUGGAGCCUGGAGCAUCGCAACGCCCAGUCGGGCACCUACGAGGUGAAGUUCUUUGAUGAGGAGUCCUACAGUGCUCUGCGGAAGGCCCAGAGGAACAAUGAAGACGUCUCCCGCAUCCAGCCGCUCUUCACCGUCAACGUCGACCACCGGGGGGCUUGGAACGGGCCCUGGGUGUCGACAGAGGUGGUGGCAGCUGCCAUCGGGCUGGCGGUUUAUUACUUGGCCUUCAGCACCAAGAGCAGCAUCCAGGCCUAGGACACCCCAAAGACAGCCCAGAGCCCCCCACCAAUCCACAG